AUGGAUCUGAGUAGAAGUAAUAAUAGAACAUUAUUUGAUGUCAUUUCUUGUGGAGAUGAUGUUGCUUUACAGAGAUUAUUAUUGGAAGGAAAGGAAGAGCGGAAUGUUGCAACUUUAGCUCACGGAAAUACACUUUUACAUGAAGCAGCUUGGAAAGGCUAUAGUCGAUGUGUAAAGCUAUUGUGUAAUGUAUAUCCAAAGGAUAUUGACGACAAUAGUAACAAAGAGAAGCUUAAUAAGAAGAAACAGCAGUUUAUUAAUCGUCCAAACUUUUGUGGAUUUACAGCACUUCAUUUAGCCAGUCAAAAUGGACACAAUCAGAGUACAAGAGAAUUGUUAUAUGCUGGAUGUUCAACAACAAUUCAAAAUGAUUAUGGAGAUUCUCCACUUCAUACAUCAGUUCGGUAUGGUCAUGCAGGAGUUUUAAGGAUCCUCAUAUCUGCAAAAUGUGAUAUUGAUGCUUUUAAUCAUAAUCAUGACACUCCACUACACAUAAGUGCUGCAAUUGGACGUAGAAAGUUAACAAAGCUACUGGUUGAAGCCGGUGCUAUGCAGUUCCGAAAUAAUCAAAAUGAAACGCCUCGCGAUAUCGCCAAACGAAAGAAUUUUCAAGAGAUUUUAGAAAUCAUCGAUACUCAGCCAGAUAAAAUUGAUAAGAAAUUAAUUCGUGAUAGUUUAAGGAAAAGUAAAUCCAGUACGAAUCAUCAAUGCUUGCCACAUAAUAUUAGUAAUGACAAAAGUAACUAUAAGCUUAAAAAUAAUAAUAGUAAUAAUGAUAAAGAUCUUCCAACUCAACUUACAUCGCCUUAUGGAUGUCAUUAUUAUCCAGAUCCACGAAAAUUUCCAUCUCCUAAAUUACAAACUUUACCGAAAGAGCCUUUACAAGUUGGUGAAAUUUAUUACCUAGAUCUAGCUGGAAAUAUUCGAAAAGGAGCUUUAGGAAUCAAUCGAUGUAGUUGUGCACCAUAUUCAAAAGAAGCCAUGAUUGAACAUUGUAAGAACAUCCAGAAGUAUGUCGAUAAAGCAAAUGACAAGCUUAAUAAGAAAAUUGUUGAGCUUACGACAAAAAUUGAAAAGACUGAUCGAAAGUAUCAUCAGCGUGAAAAGAGUAAAGAUCGAGAUAAAGAUCCAUUAUAUCCAUUACUUAAAAUUGUUGGAGAUAAGAAUAAACAAAUUCAUUUAGAGAAAUGGCUGACAAAAGUCUAUCCAGAAGCAAGAUCUGAUUUACAAAGUCCACAAAGUAGUGAAUUUGUCACAAAAGAGAUUCCAGUUGAUGUCCAUCGAUCUGAUCAUCAAUCAUCCGAGAGUCAAAGGGCAGGACGUCGUGAAACAAUUAAAGUUCUUAGAGCUAGUUCAAGAAGACAUGAUGACAUUAAGAGCCAAAAUACAAUUGAUGCUGAAUUAGAAAAUGAUGAUAGCUAUACAGACAUCAGUAAUGACGAUGAUGAUGGAUCAAUGAGCAAUAAUGAUAAUCCAUUGUAUGACGAAGCAUUUAUGAGAAAGUUUCAACAGCAACAGCAAUUUACUACAUAUGCAAACGACUCUGUAACGUCACCGAGCAUUAAUAGCAAUCAAAAUAUUGAAAUGGAAAUGGAGAAAAUUGCCAAAUCACUUCUGGCAAGCGAAGAAGAUGUUAUGAUAAGUUCGCAUAAUCCUGAUGUCAUUAAAGAUCAUGUGAAUGUCUCACACAGUGCCAAAAGAAGUACAAAGAAAAUAAAAAGUGCCAUCACAAAGCCAACUUCUGUAUUAUCAUCAGGAGACUUGUAUGUCAAUAGUUUCUUUAAUCAUGAUGGAAGUGAUGGACAUAGAAAUAGAUAUCAAUAUUCACCGUCUGAUAUUGACGAAGUUGAUUCGUGUGAGAUCGAUCGACUUGUCUCAAAAGUUCAAGAAACUAUUUUAAGCUCUAACUAUACAUCUGAUCAAUAUUCGCAUCAUGACAUAAAUGGCAAUGAGAAUCAAAUUUUAUGGAAUCGUGGUGUGGGACGUUCUAGAAAUGCCAUCGCUAUUAAUACGGAACUAACGUAUGAUAUUGAAAACUAUGCUGACAAUUUAUUCAAAACUCAACCGGACGAAGAGAAUGGAGACUUAAAGGUACAAAAUAACAUCAGUGACAAUAACUUUAUAUUGCUGGACAAGCUACUUAAAGCUAGAAAGCAAUUAAAUCAAACUUAUCAUCAACAUUUACAUUCCAUGAGCAAUAAUAACAAUAGUACUGAUGAAAAUGGAAAUUCUAAUAAUACUAAUAACUACAUUCCCAGUUCUUCCUUAGUCUAA